AUGACUUCCUUGAUCGAAACAAGUACCACUGGGGGAGACAAAAAGCCUCACAAUUUUCUCAAUGAUGCUCGUCAAGACCUCGUCAGUCAGGCAGGACGAAUUGUUCCCAACCUGAAGACUGUCCAAGAGCUUGUUCAAACCGUGUUAAAUGGAGGAUUGAUGGAUGAUCGCAGAUUCCUGAUAGAGAACAUCAUCCAAGUGGCAGCGUCCCUGCCCAACACCUCGAACGCGCGAGAUAAGAUCACGGAUACCUUCGUCCGUACCCUAUGGGAUACCCUGCAGCACCCGCCGCUGUCCUAUCUGGGAGACCAAUUCAAGUAUCGCGCGGCUGAUGGAAGUUAUAAUAAUAUCAUGUAUCCCCAUCUGGGGGCAGCCGGAAGCUAUUAUGCGCGGACUGUGACGCCUCAACAUCCACGACCGGCUGUGCUUCCAGACCCGGCACUCAAUUUUGACACACUGCUGGCGCGCGAGGGUCCAGCGAGAGAGCACCCGAGCAAGAUAUCCAGUAACCUCUUCUAUCUCGCCACGCUCAUCAUCCAUGAUCUCUUCCACACGGACGAACACGACGGCACCAAAUUGAAGAACUCCUCCUACCUGGAUCUGGGCCCCCUAUAUGGCCAUAACCAGGAGCAGCAGGACCAAGUCCGGACUUUUAACAACGGCCUGCUCAAGCCCGACACCUUUGCAGAGAAGAGACUCCUUUCACAGCCACCGGGUGUAUGUGCGCUGCUGGUCGCAUUCAACCGAUUCCACAACUGGGUGGUUGGCGAGCUAGCUUCGAUCAACGAGGGUGGGCGGUUCAGCCUGCCCCCGGGUAUGAAAUCGGAUGAUCCAGCAUGCGCCAAUGCACAGAAGAAGAGGGAUAACGAUCUCUUCCAGACGGGAAGACUGAUCACCUGCGGGUUAUACGUCAACAUCAUCCUUAACGACUACCUCCGCACGAUCCUGAACCUCAACGAGAACCCAGUCAAUUCAGACUGGAAGCUUGACCCGCGCAAAAGCAUCGACGUGUUUGACAAGGGCGGGUUCCCGCGCGGCGUGGGAAACCAGGUCAGCGCCGAGUUCAACAUGAUAUACCGGUGGCAUGCGGCCAUCAAUAACCAGGACGAGGCCUGGGUGAAUGAUCUGUGCCGGAAGAUAUUUGGACCUAGUGUAGAUGCCAGCAAACUCUCUGUGUCCGACUUCCUCGAUGGACUGAGACGCUACUUUCGCGAUUCUGCCCCGGACGGACCAUCCUUGUGGACAUUCGGUGGGCUGAAACGGCGAAAGGAUGGGCGCUUUGCUGACAGCGAUAUUGUACGUCUACUGCAGGAGGGAUGCGAUAAUGUUGCAGGCGCAUUCGGAGCCAGAAAUACGCCGAAAGUGAUCAAAGCGAUCGAAAUGCUGGGGAUUCAGCAAGGUCGACAGUGGGGACUGGCCACAUUGAACGAAUUCCGCACGUUCUUCAAGCUGAAGCCAUAUUCGACCUUUGAGGAGGUGAACUCCGAUCCGUCUGUUGCGGGAGCCUUGGAAGGACUUUACGGCCACCCUGACAAUAUUGAACUCUAUGUCGGCAUCCAGGCCGAAGAGGCCAAGAAGCCAUUUCUUCCGGGCUCAGGAUUGUGUCCCGGGUUUACGAUAUCCGCAGCCAUCCUGUCCGAUGCGGUGGCGCUGGUCCGGGGUGAUCGGUUCUAUACUGUAGAUUACAGUCCGGCGAAUUUGACCAGCUUUGGGUUCAAUGUGGCUGAUUCUGACUCCAACGUCGCCGGCGGUGGUGUCAUGUAUAAGCUGCUCAUGAAAGCAUUCCCAGGAUGGUACCAGUCAAACAGUGUGUAUGCUCUAUAUCCAUUUACAACGCCUGGUAAGACGCGGGAGAUUAUGGACAGGUACGGGAAUAUCAAGGACUUGGACUUUGGGAAACCGUCGUAUAUGCCAUCCCCCGUCAUGGCCACGACAUGGGCAGGCGUGACAAAGCUGCUGGAGGACCAGAGAGUCUGUCCUCUCUGGGGGCAACGUAUCUUCCAAGUGGCCGGGCAUGGCUCCGCUCUCAGUGAACAGGUCUCUUUACAAGAGGCCCAGAGACGAUUCAUAACUGAAUGUUUCGAAGAUUCCGAGGACGCCCUCGAAAAAGUGCGAAAGACAUACGAGGUCAUCAUCACGGACCUUCUCGGUGAACACAGCCGGAGACUCGGGGAUACAUACCAGGUCGACGUUGUCAGAGACGUUACAAACCUCGCGCAUGCAUACUUCUGCGCUCGAUUCUUCCGGAUCCCACUCACCGAGCCCAAUAAUCCUUCUCCUGAUGCGUAUACUCCAAGAGAGUUAUCUGACACGCUGUCGCUCUUGUUUGGUCACAUCUUUCUGGACCUUGACCCGAGUGAAUCAUCCCAGAAACGAGCCAAAGCGACAAAAGAGGGACAGCGGAUGGGUGCUAUCAUGGCCAAAGUCGUGGCGACUGCUGAAGACAAUCUGGUCAAUCGAGUCUUACAGGCACUCGUUCGAGGAACGGCCAGGUCCCCGGUCACCACUUAUGGCACACAGCUUAUCAAGCAGCUGCUAAGAGGCGGGAAGAGUAUUGACGAGGUGGUUUGGAUGAUCAUCCCGACGGCUGCUGCGAUGUGUGCAUCUCAGGCUCAGAUGUGGGCGCAUAUGGUCGACCUCUAUCUCUCCGACGAGUAUAUCUCUCAUUGGCCGGCGAUUCAAGAACUCUCACGCUCCGACGCCCCCGAGGCAUUCGACGUAUUGAAGAAAUACGCGCUGGAAGGAUUCCGCUUGUCUCCCGUAUUUGGCGUCCUGCGCACGGCAGUUGAUAAGACCAGCAUCAUGGAUGGUGGCGAGAUACGAACCGUCGAGAAAAACACCACCGUCUUCGCCGACGUCGCCGCCGCCAACCGUGAUGCGUCCCGUUUCCGCGAUCCAUUGAAGAUUCGUCUCGACCGUCCCGCGGAUGUCUACAUCCACCGCGGCUGGGAGCCACAUGCUAGUCUCGGGAGCAUGAUUUCCUGCACGGCAGGUGCGGUGUUGCUGCGUGUUCUUGGCCGGAUGGGCAAUGUCCGUCGAGCUCCUGGGCCAGCUGGGGAGAUCAGGAGCCGACUGGUGGAUGGUAGAGUCAGGGUGUAUCUUCGUGAGGAUGGAACUGACUGGACGCAUUUUCCUCAAAAUCAAAAGAUUCUUUUUGAUAGGUUCGCAUAG